AUGGAUCAACAUAGUAUUCGGACAGGCAGCAAGAUUAUGCGAAAAUCUAUCUAUACUUACCUUCAAAACUAUCACUACUACACCUUAACAUCAGCCCUCCUUGCCUUCCCUUUCUCGGCCUCAUCUCUCUUCGCACAGCUGCUUCUUGUUUCCCCCUCGUCGUCUCUCCUUGCAAUCAUAUACAACAGGUUGAACAGAUUCCCUUACUCCUGGGAGUUGAUCGACCUUGUCAAUCUCAAGCUCUCUCAAACAAUCUCCUUUUUCAUUCUCACGCUUCCCCUGAACUCUACUCUCUUCCUCAUCGCCAAAGCAUCUGUUAUUCAAGUCGUCAAUCGCCACAAACCACCUUCUUUCUGUUGUAUUUUCUCCAUUUUCAACCCUCUCCUCCUCACCUAUGUAAGCAAUUCAUUAUUGAUCCUCUCGGCCAAUGCAACAGCCUUUUGUCUCUUAUCCAUUGCUUUCAAUCCUUUUCAUGAUCAUAUUGGGUUUGGCUCUCUCUUCCUCUCAGCUGCUGGAGCUGUUGUUUACUCCAUCAUCCUUGCAAAUGUGAUCAUAAUAUGCAACUUGGCGUUGGUCAUAUCAGGAAUGGAAAGAUUCGGCGGAUAUCUGGCCAUCCUAAAAGCUUGUGUUAUGAUUAGGGGAAGGGCUUCAACGGCGCUAUCACUUACACUUGCUGUCAAUACAGCCUUGGCAGGAGUUGAAGCAUUAUUCCAAUACCGAAUUGUGAGAGCUUAUGAUGACAUCGGUGAAACACCAAGCUCUUUGCUGAUAAUUUCAGAGGGGAUGCUUAUCGUCUACUUGUAUUCUAUUCUUGUUGUUCUGGACACCAUUAUCAGUUGCAUCUUCUUCAAAAGCUGCAAGGCGACCUCCUCGUUCAUUGAUCAACAAGGUAAAUACGCUUACAGGAUUAUUGUUAUUGAAGGGGAAGAAGAUGGAGCUUUAAUGAGCUUAAAGGCCUAGCAACA